AUGCAUCUCCUUGGGCUACACGAUGACUCGUUCUUCGACCCGCACGGUCGUUUGACUGGUUCCUACACGGUCACGGACCUCACGCCAGAUAAGUUCCCAUAUUGGGACGACGAGUUUGGUCAAUCUGGUAAAGACAAGGAACCGCAGGUCCUGCCUAGAUGCUGCCUAUGUUGCUUCAAGUUUGAGCCAUGUGACUCUAUCGUCGUUCUCAACCCCAGAAAUCCUCACUUGCUCGAUACCUGGGCGGGUGAGUACAUUGAGCCAGAGCGCAUCGAUCCGACUGGCUGGGAAUUUGCAUGUCGCCGUCCCCUUGAGAAAGGUUACCACCCAGAAUGCGUGCACCUGGUUGCAAAAGGUCUCCCUUUUGGUGACUCCAUUCAUUGCGCCAUCAAGGACCGUACCAGUUACGGAGUCGGCUACACUGAACUUCUUCCAUCCGUUGAAGCAGCCCGCAUCUGUGAGAAUAUUGGCCGUUACUGCUUGAGCGAAUAUGCGACGAAGCUCAUCAACGACGUUUGGUCAAACAAAGACUUUGCGGGACCUCAGGAUGCCACCCUCCGGGUGACCAAGUCACGUUCCAUCUGGGCACAGCACGUUGAGUUUGAGGGUCUCCGGUACAUCAAGUCUCUCUCCGCCACUCGUAAAAGCGAGAGUGACACGAAGCUCUUCGAGGCUACCUCCGGCAUCCGUGUCAGUGUCUACUUCGCCGAAGACUGUUUGGGUAUCCGUGAAGUUGUCAUCACUCAAGAUGACAACACUACUUCACUAAAUCAAGAUAAAGGCUUGAGAUGGGUUUUUAACCGUCGAAAGGCUCUUCCGUUCAGCUUCAAAUACAAAACUAGUAUAAGUUACUUUUCCAUCCUCGACAAUACCGGUGAUCUUCACUUACUUACUGGUUUUGCGCUUUUAGGGUCUGAAGCUGCGUGA